AUGCUCCGAUCUCUCAUCCUACCCGCGCUUGUCGGAUUUGCUCAGGCAUACCGCCUCUUCGAGUACGUCGGUGAGCGUUGUACAGGCGAGGAAGUUGGUGUGCUCCGCCUUGCUGGACCCAGCGCUUGUACAAAGUUGGCCGAGGGGGUUGCAUCCUCUGUGCUCGUCAAGAUUGACAACAUCCACGACGACCUCUACGAGGUUAACGUCUACGACCACGAAGAUUGUACUGGCAGCAUCGUCGGCACAAUUGCCAAUUUCAAUGGCUGCCUCGACUUGGAAAUUUUCCACAAUGCUCCAGGCAAAGCGGUCCAGGUAAUCCCGGUCUCGAGAAAACGCGACCCGUCCGUCUCUGUCAACAAGGGUUUCGUGACCGACUUUCAAUACAACCUUGCCGAGGAGACUGCGGAGACGAUGAAGGUGCCUAUCAUGCACGGCGGCUUUCAAACGGUCAGCAAGACCAAUCAUUCAGAGGAUGGGUCAUACCUGGAUGACGCCUUUGGUGUUUUCCUCCCUCUCGCUGAGGAAGAUUUGAAUGCUGUGCAAGAGCUCUGGUCCUCCCCGCUUGAGCUGACCCCGUGGGAGUCUGUGAACGGGACAUCGCCUCAUUUUUUAAGUCCACGUCAGUUUGAAUGGGGCUAUUGUACCUUUCACACUAUUUGCCUUGGGGCAAUUGACCUAGGCGGGAGAAUCAGUAACACUCGGGUAGCCCAAGCGCUAGCCAAUUUUGCCGGCCACCAGGCAUUCAAGACGUUUUGGAAGACCGUGGAUGUCAUCGUGGGCCAUACGUCUAACGGAAUUACCAUCAUCUCCGCCUUGACGACUCACGGCACCCAAAGUACACAGUGUGAUAGCGACAAGUCGACAGGGGGGCUAAUCAAAGAUUUGGUGAAUGGAGUAUCGAAAGAAGGUCUCACCAACGCGGUUUGGAUAGUGGAAGAUGAUGAAGGAAAUCAAUUUGAAGUGGGGAUUCAGUUGCGUCCGAUGGGGGGGAAGAACCCUAACAGCUGUGGGGAAUGUGCUUUGUGCCAGUGA